UCAACUGGGUCCCUUCUGCGGUCGGUACCAUGUUGGUGCUGGCCUUGAAGUGUGCUGAGCCUGGAUGUGGUCACACCGGAACAUGGAACUCCCAACCAUAUGUCGGCAGAAUUGCUGCUGGAAACAUAUUUCUUUCUGCAGCCAUUUUAUUUGCUGGUGCAACUGUGGGCAAAGUUCUGCGUGUGUUAUCUCACAUGGGUGUAGCUGUUUACUCCACUCGGUCGUACUUUCGCCAUCAAGAACGCUACCUUCACCAAGCCAUCAAAAGCGUGUGGCGAGAGCGGCAAAUCUGGCUGUUGAGCCAUCUACAAGCUGAGGGAGAGGAAAUUGUUUGUGGUGGCGACGGAUGAGCUGACUCACCCGGUCACAGUGAAAAAUACGGGACUUACACGAUGAUGGAACUGCGGAAGCUAACCAUCUUGGAUGUGCAGAUUGUGCAGAGUAACGAGGUAGGAGGUAGCUACCACAUGGAGCCCGAAGGACUGGUUCGGUCACUGCGUGUGCUCGAGGAGUUUGUGCGUGUGGGAACUCUGGUGACAGAUCGACAUGUGACUGUCAACAAGCUCGUCCGAGAACAGUUCCCACACAUUGAGCAUCUUUUUGACAUCUGGCAUAUUGGCAAAGGUUUGAAGAAAAAGUUGCAGAACCUCUCUAAGCUGCAUGGAUGUGAAGCCCUAAAACCCUGGAUUGGCAGUAUCAUCAACCAUUUAUAUUGGUCCGUGGCGUCAACGCGACCUGGGGACCCCAGACUCGUCCUCGACAAGUGGGAGUCAGUACUGAGCCAUGUUCAGAAUGAUCACUCGGGCUUCAAAGGCAGUUUCCCCAGGUGCAGCCAUGGUCCUUUGGAAGGUCGGGAACGGAAAAAGCCUUGGCUCACGCCUCACACCAAGUUGACCAAUGAGCUGGAGAAGCUGAUCUGUGGCUCCAAACUGUUGGCUGACAUUCGCCGGCUGUCUCCAGUCUACCAGACUUCCCACCUGGAAGCCUUCCACAGUCUGGUGAACCAUUUUACACCCAAAAUGUUCGCCUUUUCUUACGAGGGGAUGCUCAGCAGGACGAUUGUGGCUGCUCUUCACUUCAAUGAAAACGCCCAUCGAGCCCACAGCUUAACCCGAGACGGAGUGGGGAUUUAUAGCAUCCACUUUCCAAAAUCAAAACAAGGCGGCCAUGUUGUGCGCAAAGUUUUGUAG